UGUGACACAUUCCAUGUGAAGCCCUCCCCACUCAGAGCUCCCCCCUCGACCUCCCUCGCUCCUUCUCUCUCAUACAUUAUAUAAACGCUUGUCUGGGACAACUUUUUCUUCACUCCUCUUCUUUUUCUCUCGACAGAUUUUCUAAUUAUUGAAAAACAAAAUAAAUCAAGAUGGCUUUCUUGUUCUUCAAACCCAUGUUUCUCUCUUUGUUUUUGUUCAUAUCUUACCACACAGCAACAGAAGCUUCAAAACUAAAUGCUCAGAGCUUCAGCUUCAGCAAUGGUACCAGUAAUGCUAGAGAACUAGCUGGCAAGUGCAACUGGUUCAGAGGAAAAUGGGUUUUCGAUCCAAAAUAUCCUCUCUAUGACUCAAAUUGUCCGUUCAUAGAUCCACAGUUCAACUGUCAAAAGUAUGGCCGCCAUGAUAGCUACUAUCUCAAGUACAGAUGGCAGCCUUUUGCAUGUGAUUUGCCCAGGUUUAAUGGGCUGUAUUUCUUGGAGAAAUGGAGGGGGAAGAAGAUAAUGUUCGUGGGCGACUCACUGAGUUUGAACCAAUGGAUAUCUCUAACGUGUUUGAUUCACUCAUGGGUGCCGAACUCAAAGUAUAAAGUGUUCAGGGCAGAUGGGCUAUAUUCCGUCACAUUUGAGGAAUACGGAGUCAAGAUACUACUAUAUCGAACACCUUACCUGGUAGAUCUUGUCUAUGAUAACAAGGCAGGACGGAUCUUGAAGCUUGACACGAUACACAAUGGCAAGGCAUGGCGAGGCAUGGACAUGUUGAUCUUCAACACCUGGCAUUGGUGGACUCAUACCGGAAGAUCUCAGCCAUGGGAUUACAUCCAAGAAGGGAAUAAAUUGUACAAAAACAUGAACCGUCUAAUUGCUUUCUACAAGGGACUAACCACAUGGGCUCGAUGGGUCAACCGAUAUGUUGAUCCUUCUCGAACCAAAGUCUUCUUCCAGAACAUUUCUCCCACUCAUUACGAGGGCAGGGAUUGGAGGGAGCCAUCAAAGUCAUGUGCCGGUGAGACACAACCGUUCUUUGGAACAAGGUACCCAGCAGGGACGCCGUUGGAAUGGGUGGUGGUUAACAAGGUCUUGAGCAGGAUUAAGAAACCAGUCUACUUGCUAGACGUGACCUUACUUUCUCAAUAUCGGAAAGACGCACAUCCUUCGCAUUACAGCGGCAACCAUGGCGGCAAUGACUGUAGCCAUUGGUGUCUCCCCGGGUUGCCUGAUACUUGGAACCAACUUCUAUACGCAGCUCUCUUGAGUUGAUAGUGUUUAAUUGGAACUGAUUAUGAGGUUGUAAUUUAGUCAUUUUUUCAGAGGAUCAUUGUUUCAGUGAUCAUGGCAUAGGGAUUUUAGUUUCUUCUUGAGAUAUAUUUAGUUUGCCUGUGGGCAAUAACGAGGUACGAUUCUUCAAUUGUAAAUUUAGAUUUUUUGGCGAUGAGAUUGCCAGGAAAUGCCCCUCCAAAUCCAAAGGCUUAUUGAGAUUGGAGAUACUCUUUCAACUAUAUAUGUUUAUUAAUUUAAACGAAAAUAGUACGAGGCAUGUAUUAUCAAA